UUGUUGAAUUUUCAAUUGGAAAUUAUCACAAAACAUUUUAGCUUUUUAUUUUCACGACUUGUGUUCACUGAUUGUCAGUUUUUUUGUUGUUAAUUGUUGAUUAUUUAUCCUUGUGUUGUGAGUUUCAUCAGGUCACCAUGUCCAGGAUUACCGAUGAUGCUGAUGAUGAUGAUCAAGACUACAGUGGUGAAAAUGAGGUAGACGAUGAUGACAAUCAAGAAGGUGGUGAAGAAGAAGAAGAUGAAGACGAGGAGGAAGAAGAAGAAGAAGAGGACGAUUAUGAUGAGGAGGAGGACGAAGAUGAAGAAGAAGAAACCACUGGGAGAAGAAGACCCAAGAAAAAGCCUCGCCAUGGUGGUUUCAUUUUGGAUGAGGCUGAAGUUGAUGAUGAGGUUGAGGAAGAUGAAGAAUGGGAAGAAGGAGCAGAAGAUAUUAUCGAAAGAAAUAGACCUAGUGAGUCAAGCUCAUCUCGAGAGCUUGACAGUCAUCGUAGAUUACAAAUGAUGCUGAAUAAUCAAAAUGAAGACGAGAUUGAAGAAUAUUACAAAAGGAAAUAUGCCGAGACAACAGCGGCCGAAAAAGGUCUUUAUGAUGCUGAAGGUGAUCUUCCCGAUGAUAUUGCCCAACAAGCUUUCAUGCCCGGAGUUAAAGACCCCAAUCUUUGGAUGGUUAAAUGUAAACCCGGAGAUGAAAAGGCAACAGUACUUCAAAUUAUGCGAAAAUUUAUCGCCUAUUCCACCACUGAAGAGCCUUUGUUGAUUAAAUCAGUUGUUGCUCCUGAAGGAAUCAAAGGUUACAUUUACAUUGAGGCUUACAAACAAACUCAUGUUAAACAAGCAAUCACUGGAAUUGGUAACCUCAGAAUGGGGCAAUACAAACAAACUAUGGUACCGAUUCAUGAAAUGACUGAUGUUCUUAAAGUCACCAAAGAACAAGCUCUAAUCAAACCAGGAACUUGGGUUAGACUGAAAAGAUCGGUUUACAAAGAUGAUUUAGCUCAAGUUGAUUAUGUUGACACGGCGCAAGGACAAGUCCAUCUUAAGUUAAUUCCAAGAAUUGAUUACACACGGAAAAGAGGAGCUCUGAAAACAACGGAAACAGAGAUCGCUAAAAGAAAAAGAACCAAACGUCCACCAGCUAAACUUUUCGAUAUUGAUGCCAUUCGCUCAAUCGGAGGUGAAGUCAGUAAUGAUGGAGAUUUUGUCAUUUUCGAGGGUAAUCGAUAUCGACGAGGUUUUCUGUAUAAAAAUUUUCCAAUCGCUUCACUCAUAAUCAGCGGUGUUAAACCCACUUUAGCUGAGCUCGAAAAGUUUGAGGAACAUCCUGAAGGUGUGGAAAUCAACGAAAGUGCAGCUGAUGAUGAAGAAUCUCAUGGCAUUUGUUCAGGUGACAAUGUUGAAGUUUGUGAGGGUGAAUUGGUUCACCUGCAAGGUAAAGUUGUCGCUGUCGAUGGAAGUAAAAUCACCAUGAUACCGAAUCAUGAAGAUCUCAAGGAUCCACUUGAAUUCCAAGCUCAUGAAUUGAAAAAAUAUUUCCGUGUUGGUGAUCAUGUUAAAGUAAUUGCUGGCAGAUAUGAAGGAGAUACUGGUUUAGUUGUUCGAGUGAUAGAAAAUCAAAUUAUUCUAUUUUCUGAUUUAUCCAUGCACGAGAUUAAAGUUUUACCCAAAGAUCUUCAACUUAGUCCUGAUAUGGCCACUGGUGUGGACAGUCUUGGACAAUAUCAAUGGGGAGAUUUAGUUCAACUUGAUGGUCAAACUGUCGGAGUGAUUGUGCGUCUUGAGAAAGAAAAUUUCCAAAUUUUAGAUAUGCAUGGGAAACUAAUUCAUAUCAAACAUCAAGCGGUUAAAAAUAAACGUGAUACUCGUAAAGCUGUUUCAUUGGACUGUGAUCAGAGUCAAAUUCAAGUUAAAGACCACGUUGAAGUGGUUGAUGGACCUCAUUCUGGACGAAAAGGAGAAAUUCGUCAUCUCUACCGUAACUACGCAUUCAUUCAUGAUCGUUUACACAUGGAAAAUGGUGGUAUAUUUGUUUGCAAGACUAGAAACAUUCAGCUAUCUGGAGGCUCAAGAUCUACAUCUGUUGUGUCCGCUGGAAGAGGAGCUGCUCCUUUCAUGUCUCCGAGACUUCAAUCACCGGCUCAUCCUGGUGGUGGUGGAGGUGGUGGAGGGAAAAGACCAUUUGGUGCUAACAAGGGAGGUAGAGAUCGUUCAGAUUUAGAUUUAAUUGGUAAAACUAUCAAAAUCAUUCAAGGUCCAUACAAAGGUCAUAUUGGUAUUGUUAAAGAUGCAAUGUCAACAACGGCUCGAGUGGAGCUUCACUCAACAUGUCAAGUUAUCAAUGUAGAUAAACUUCGUAUUGAUGUGGUCGGUGGAACCACUGGUCAACGUACAGGAAGUGCUUCAACAUAUUCAGCCCGAACACCAAUGUAUGGAUCUCAAACACCAUCAUAUGAAUUGGGUGGUAGAACACCAGGUAGAGGUGGUCAAACUCCAAUGCACGAUGGCUCACGAACUCCAAUGCACGGCGGUAGCUCCGUUUGGGAUCCUAAUACUGGAGCCACUCCGAGACCGAACUUUGAUGAUGAUGCUUGGAGUGCUGAAAAUCCUGGUGGUUAUCAUAAUCCACCUACUCCAGGUUACACAGGUCCAGACACUCCUCAGGCCGGGGCAUACACACCUCAAACACCCGGAAUGUACACUUCUGACCAUAAUUACUCCCCAUACCAACCCGUACCCUCCCCUUCAGAGGCCAGUUAUCAAGAGUCUGCACCAAGUCCUGCUAGUGGAUCUUACAUGUCACCAAAUCCAGGAGGUUAUGGAUCUGGAGGUAUGACACCAAGUCCACAAUUCGCUGGCUACUCUCCCAUGACUCCUGGAGCACCAUCACCAAUGUUCAACCCACAAACACCAGGAACUGGCAUGGAUCAAAUCAACAUCGACUGGCUAACAACUGAUAUUGUAGUAAGAAUAAAAGAAAACCCUGAUAGUGAUCUUAUUGGACAAACUGGUGAAAUCACUGGAAUCAACGGUGGAAUGGUUUCCGUUUUUCUUAUACGAGAAGAUCGUGUGGUCAAUUGUUUCCCUCAUCAAUUAGAACCAAUUUCCCCAGAACCUAAAGAUAGGAUUAAAGUGAUUUUCGGUGAAGAAAGAGAGCAAACUGGUGUUUUAUUAAGUAUCGAUGGUGUUGAUGGUGUUUGUCAAAUGGACUCAGAUCAAGAUGUAAAAGUCUUACACUUACGGUACCUUUGUAAGAUGAAAGCACAAGCAUAGGAACGAAGGUCAUUUGAAUUGACAAUCGCUCAUCAAUUCACAAAAUAAAAUAACUUUUUCCGAUUUUUUUAAUGAAAACCUCAUGACUGAAUCAAAACAAAUCGUCAUGAUUUUCUGAGAUCUUUAAAUUCUGACUUGAUGAAUAUUCAGUUCUCAGGAAAACCUUCAAAUGUUGCUGCUGAUUUGGUCUUCGCUCUUUGUCAUCUCUCAACAUCGGAACCAAUACAAAUUAACGACGAACAUUCAGAUUGACUUAUUCAUUUUUUAUCUCAAUCUCCAUCCACAGAGAUUAAAAAAGAAAACCUCAAAUCUACUUCAAAAGUUCAUUGAUUAUUUUCCUCAAUCUUUUGAUCUUCCUUCCCAAUCUUUUUUUAAACUAAAACAAUUGAAGAGAAAAAAGUAAUUUUUAGAAAAUAAUAGUAAUUGUAACUUCUAAUUACGGUUUAUUGUGCAUUCCAUUGUGAAACUCCAUUGUGUUUUCAGGGAAAAAACAAAAUGGUGAUUAUAAAGCGAUAGAAAAUGUUGAGACUAAAAGAAGAUAAAAUGAUGAAGGAGAAGGAGGAGUGGAAAGAAAUUGUUCUUUACGGUUUGAUGGAUUAACUGUAUAGGUUUGAGAUUUUCAGGAUCCAUUUUGUGUCCUACAGAUUCGAUGGGAAUCGAUUUUGUUCAUUGUACUCACAAUAUUCUUUAUCUUCUCCAUCAUCACAAUCAACAAAAUUAUCUCUUCCCAUCUCUCCUUUCAUCUCUUAAUCCUCUCGAUUUUAUUUCAUUUUUACGUGUUUAUUUCCAACCAUUUUCGAUUUGGACAGAAAAUCCCUUCGAGUGAACCCUUCGAACUUUCUCUCAUUAACUUGGACAUUCAUUUCUAUUUUUCUCAUUAUUUAUCAUUAUCCUUUUCCAUCAUUUAAAAUCCUUCCAUCAUUUUUAUCUUUAAUAAAAUCAUUUUAAUUGUUCAA